UUCACUGUAAAUACGUAAACGUCAAAACAAUUAUUAGCAACUUAUAUAUAUUUAUUACAAUUAUUUAUAAAAAAAAAAUUAAAUCAAAUUAAAUUAAGUGUAAAUAAAUAAAAUGCAGUUUUUAUCAUCAUCAUUAUUAAUAUUAUUAUUUUAUCUAAAUUUAUCAUGGUCAUGGGAACUCCCCAGCAAUUCUCAAACUGGUCAUUCAAAUAAUUGGGCAGUUCUGGUCUGCACAUCCAGAUUCUGGUUCAAUUAUCGUCAUGAAGCAAACGCACUAUCAGUUUACCACAGCAUUAAACGUCUAGGAAUACCAGACUCCCAAAUAAUUCUGAUGCUGGCUGAUGACAUGGCCUGCAAUCCCAGAAACCCUCGACCGGCGACUGUUUUCAAUAACGUAAAGCAGCACAUAAAUGUAUACGCUGAUGAUGUCGAGGUUGACUAUAGAGGCUACGAGGUCACUGUCGAGAAUUUCGUUCGUCUGCUGACAGGCAGAUUGCCACCAGGAACUCCGAGAUCCAAGCAACUGCUUACUGACGAGCGGUCAAAUAUUUUUAUUUACUUGACCGGUCACGGGGGCAACGGAUUCCUUAAGUUCCAGGACUCGGAGGAAAUCACUAGUCAGGAUCUCGCUGAUGCCUUGGAACAGAUGUGGCAGAAGAGACGGUACCAUGAGAUUUUGUUCAUUGUGGACACUUGCCAAGCAAGUUCUAUGUACGAGAAAAUUUACUCGCCAAAUAUUUUGGCCAUCGCUAGCAGUAAAGUUGGCGAAGAUUCAUUAUCUCAUCACGUUGAUCCAGAUAUCGGUGUUUAUAUUAUUGAUCGAUAUACUUAUUAUGCACUGGACUUUCUAGAAAAAGUUGAACCGUCAAGUUCCAAAAAACUCAGUGAAUUUUUGAAAGUUUGUCCGAAACACUACUGCCUAUCAACAGUGGGCGUGAGACGGGAUUUAUUCCGUCGAGAUCCUGAACAAGUGCCAGUGACAGACUUCUUCGGGUCACUGCGCCCGGUGGAGCUGACUGACACUAUCGUCAAUAUAAUUCCGACAAAAGGAAACAAAUCACAAAAGACUGAAGUAGAGCGUAAGCUUCAUUACACUCCACAAUUUCCAGAUGUUACGCUACUAUCGUAAAUAUUUACAUAACAAAUAAUAUAAAUUAAAUAUUAAACAUCAAACAGAAUGAAAAAUUAUAUUUAUUGUGUUUAAUCAACCGGGUAUAGAGUUACGCUGUUUGAUUUAAAUCAUGUGGUGUAGUAAAUCGUACAAUAAUUUAUUACCAAAUAUGAAUAA